CUUCCGCCGUCCGGUUCAUCCACAACCACGAUUCAAUUUUCACGAUUCAUUCCAGUCGAGCUCGCAAAGCUUUUUUUGACACAAUUAUCUUCUAUCCCCGAUCCCUCUCGAUUUUCAUAAACAUAGACAAACGGAUCUCUUCCCCAAUUACUUUUUCAAAGAAAUGCCCCCAAACCCAGGAGCCCGGACACGGAAUCGCUCUUCUUCAAAUUCUUACGUUAAACCUGAAGUGCACCAACCCGCGACAAUGAGCACUCCUCCUUUGCGACCAGCCUCAGCCACCCAAAACGGAGCCGGAAUGUCCGCAGCCUCUCGCUAUACUCACAAUCUCAAAGUCCUUCGACGUCGCGACCCGUCUAUUCUUCGAAUCUUUGAUCAAUUCUCUCAUGUGUGCGUUUACCACCACAAUGGUGAACACUGGGAGAAGAAAGGAUUUGAAGGAUCCAUGUUUCUCUACGAACGGGCAGACUAUCCGCCUUACGGAUUUUAUAUUCUAAAUCGUAUGGGUAUGGAAGACUACAUUCAAAGACUGUGGCCGGAGGAUAGCAUGAGUGUUACCGGGAGCUAUUUAAUGUUGAGGACUUGGCCCGAAUGGAGCCGGCAAAGGAUUAGUGGCAUCGAGGCUUCGAACAACGGAGUAGAGCUCCACCCUUUCGACGAGCGGUACAAGUGGGACGAAAUAACCCGUCCUAACGAAACGGAAAAUUGUCAAACAAUAGGUCUAUGGAUGUUCGCCACAGAUUCGAGAGAGCCUUUGAUUACUGUGAUGUUAAGGUGCGUGCAAACAUUCAUAACCAUCUUCACCCAUUUUCACACUUUCUAGGUUGCAUGGGUUCAUCAAACAGAAUUUACCUUACCCCGAAGAGUUUCGUUACGGCCCAGAUAAACCGCCACCUCCUAACCCCAAUCCCCCUUCGGUAAAUGGAAUUUUUCAUCGCACUGCUUCUGCUGCUUCAAACGGGAGCGGGGUCAGUACAACUAGUUCCUCUCAUACAGAUAGCGCCAGUACAAGCUCGCAAC